ACAAGAAGACGCUCAUCGCCGUGACGAUCGGCCCUCGUCGGCGCCGAGCGCGCGGAAAGUUACGCGGCGCGCGCGGCCGGUGGACGACAGUUCGUCCUGAGAGAAUCACGUUCGCGCAUUUCUCCCAAUGUUACCGUCGUCCCUCCUCGCACCUCCGCGUUUCCGAUGGCCGGUCAGCGGCUGAAAGUAAAGGUACGAUCGAGGGAUGAAGGGAGUCGGAGAGUCGGUGAGAGAAAGAGAGAGAGAGAGAGGAAUUCCUGUCGACGGACGGUAUACACUCAGUCGGGCCGAGAUCUGCCUCUCGUGAUCCUGAUCGAUGGACACCGCGGGCGAAUUUGCUUGAAUGGCCCUAUUGCUCAAUCGACGUUUGUACUCGGAUAGUUUCUCCCGCCCGUGUGCGCUACGCCUCGCUUGCCCCUCUCCCACUUUCAUUAAGGAGUUCUCGGGACGUAAUUGCUUAGGUCUCAUUUGGAGUAAAAGAGCGGAGUGUCGCUUAAAAGUUAGUUGGAUUACCGUUCUCUCCUUGCCUUACCGCGCGGCGUCGUCUUCGCGCGCGCGUCUUCCUCCGGCUCGCUUCUCGCAAGAAUCCGAGAGUAUUUACAUAUCAGCGCCCGGUCGAUUAUAACUUUUCAGGCAUUUAACUUUCCCGUCGACGGGGUUUAUUCUUUCUCGCUGUAUGUAUGGCCGCGGCGAAACUCGCGCGAGCGUGCUCGCGAUCAAUUAAUUCAUUCCGCCGGCUCGGGAAUACAUCUCCGAUCGUGGAAAAACUCAACGGGCGUAAUUGGUUUUUUCGUUCCCCUCUCCCCCCUCUUAUUCCCCUCCUGUGUGCAGGGCAUCGUAAAUUAUUAACCGUUCUCCCUGUGUGCCCUGUUUAUUAAUCAGUCGGCGUUACUUGCCAUCGGGAGUAUCAAUUAUAGGUAUUACUGCUUACGCAGCAGCUGUUAAUUGCGGCGGGACGCGACGCGAUAUUUUUGCACGCGCGCUCGCUCGCACUCUCGCUCACAUUCGGAUUCGCGCGGGCGGACGGGGAGUAAAAAUAAAUGCGAAAUCCGGGCGGGAGCCGGCGGAUCGUGUCGAAUCGGAAAUCGCGCGGCCCGCUGGAUUGGCAGUUUCGUUGGAUCGGCGUGCAGCUACGACCUGAAUUCGAUUAUUAUUGCAUUCUGCAAACAGAGUACGCCGACGGUACUACAACUCCUACAUUUUACAUAAGCGUUUUCUCGCUCCAGUAGCGCGCUUCUGAGCCGUUUUAUCGUCCCCCUUUGACGCGGGGCUUCUAAUAAGUCCCCCCGCAAUUACGUCGCGCAAUAACUCGGUCGCGAUCGCGACAAUAAGAAGUAGGCUUCGUCAGGAUUUCUCCUCCCCCGGAGGACGAAGAGCUCGGAUAGAGCUCAAAUGCGACACAUUCCGGCCGUCGGUCGUCCACUAAAAUCCGCGCGCUCGUGGUCUAACGAGUUCACCAGCGGCGAAGGAAUCCGUAACGUUCUUGUUUUCGAUAUCAACGAGCAGCCGUGUGCACUCGCUCUCGGAUUUUCCGUGGAAGUUCUCGCUCGGCGAGACUAACGAUCCCCACUGCCGUCGGCAGGCUGCCGCGAUCGACGCCCGUCGCGUCGGAGAAGCCUACCGGCUCUCGUUUUCUCGGUCCAGCUCUCCUCAGAUAAGCUCAUCUUCGCUCGGCCCGGCUCGGCUCGGUUCCGCGCAGCUCCACGACUGUGUUUUAUCUGGAUUCGCGGCGAUCGGCGAGAUCGUAAAAUGGCUGACCGACGGACUCGUUGUCAGUGGUAUUUCCAAUUGGCCGGUCGCGAUCUCUAGAGGGAAACCGGUUCGACGUGUAGCCCAGUCUCCCGCCUUCCGCGUCGUCCCGUUCUCCACUCGGCCUCUCUUUCUCUCUCGGUCUCCUUCGCCGCUUCUUCUUCCUCCUUCUCCUCCUCCUCCUCCUCCUCCUCCUCCUCGGUGUCUUGUGCUCACCUUCUUCUUAUCCGUAGUCGUACUCGCGAGUUCACCUCCCGCGCCGGCUACCAGUCCCAGCGUUACUUGCACAGUGAUCCGCGUCUGCAAUUCGCUUCGUGGCUCCGCACGUGUGCUCAAAGUCGGCUUCGCGCGGUACCGAGGUAUCCUGGUCGUCGGAUGUCACGCGCACCAGCUGGUGGCAGCGUACAUUCCCGAGGAACGUUGCCGUGCAAGGAUCGUCGCGAAGAUCUCGCCGAUUUAUUCGCGAUAGCAGCGGUCUCGCGGCGCGCCGCGAUUACGACGGUCGUAUCCAGCCGCGUCGAGCGAUCGAUGCGUAAACGUUUCGCUGGAACUAUAGAUCGGCACAAAGGAACGAAGAGAACGUCGGACGGGAGAAAGAGAGACUCUGGCGGAGUUUUUAAAAUGACCAAGCGACGUGGACUCUUUUGAGAGGCGACAGAGAGUGAGAGAGAGAGUGAAAGAGAGAGAAAGAGAGAACGAGCGAGAAAGCGAAUAUCGAGAUUCGGAAGUCAUGUAGAAGAAAGCCGUCGUCGGAUUGAGGACCUUCGCGUUGAUUUCGCGGGAGAGAUUUCCGAGAGAGGUCAACGGUGAACUCGAUUCGCCGACCUCCAUCGCCGUAGUCUUGGAAAAAGCGGAGAACGAGACUUUCUGGGGGUUGAAAGAUAUUAUCUGUGAGGCUCAGUGAGUUCUGUGAGUUACGACGACAAGAAAGAGAGAGAGAGAGAGAGAGAGAGAGAGAGGAGAGAGGCGAGGGAGAGAGAGAGGAAGAAAAGGCGGAAGCAAACGUCCAACGAACGCAAGAUGUCGUGGACGUUUUAAGGACUGCAGUUCCCACACGGACCUUCACAUUCGCGGCGCGGUGCGCGAAUUCCGCGAAUGGUAUUUUUGCGAAUGGCGGCGGAGUUACUCGUGUUUGCUCUCCAAGUCGGCCCGAACUGGCUCUCCGAGGCAGCUUGCACGGAAAAUUGGCGGUGUUAGUUCGCGGAGGGUUUUCACGGUGCACCGCGCGGUGGAGCGCGCAAGAUUCCACCUACGAACGUUGCUUUCUCGGACGUAAUAUCGGCCGAGAAAGUUCGGUCGUUAGUUCCGGCCCGUUGAGUGAUACCCGAGGAAGCCACGUCGUGGCGGGCUGACUCUCUGUGUCGCGCGAUCACGCGGCGCGAAACGACGGGACGUCGAGAAUUCCAUCGGGCGGUCGCCAGUCUCGCGAUUCAUUUGUAAUAAUCGAAGCGAUCAUGCGUCGCACGGACGAGCGCGGCGGCGGCGGUGGUGGUGGUGGCGGCGGCGAUGUCGUCGUCGUCGUCGUCGUCAAUGGCGCACGUCCAAUCUCCUCCAGUCGCUGCGAUAACUCACGGAUCCACCGCGCUCUAGGCGAUGUCGCGGGUAUUGCCUGUACGCGCGCCUACGUACAUCCCGACCGGCGGCUUUAGCUCGAUCCGACGAUCGAAGGAAGCGAGUCGCACUUGAAGUAUCAAUCGAUCGAACGCACGGUCGAUUCGCCGUCGAGCGGCGGAAGGAAUCGCCGGAAACAAAUCUGGAUAACAGCCUGAGAGAAAUAGGGAGAGAGAAAAGGAUAUAAAAGAGAGCUGCUCGUCUGUGUAUGCAAGCUCGUAACAAACAUUCGAAAAUUAUUAAGGUUGGAGCACCGUGCGCGCUUACUCGCGCAUUACGCAUACACCACGUACACACAAAGUAAAGUGAAUGUGAAAAGUGUCGGCUUCGUUAUAUCGCGCUUGUUCGUACCUCCUCCCUCGUCAGGUGGUUUCGUUAUAUCGCGCCUGCUCUUUCAUUCUCCCUCUCUUUCACGCAGCGCGAAUACACACGCCGGUGCUCUAAUACUGGCCGCCGUCGUUUUCGUCAUCGUCGUCGUCGUCGUCGUCGUCGUCGUCGUCGUCAUCGUCGUGGUGGUAGUAGUGGUGGUGGUGGUGGUGGUGGUAGUGGUGCUGGUGGUGCUCUUGGUGAUGGUAGAUCGCGUGCCUGCGGUCUCGUGCCCGAUGGUUGUCGUUACACGUCCGAUCGUAAGUGUAACAAAACUUGCCGUAUACGCGGUAUCGCGCGCCGUCACGUCACGGUAAAGCUCGCGCCGCUGCGGACUAGUCCGUCGUUUUAACGGACGGGAAUCCCCAUCCUUCGAGCACAAAGGGAGAGAGACAGAGAAGAGGGGAAGAUCUGCGAGGAAGAUAUGCGUUUCGCGGGAUACUCGCGGGUCGCUCUCGACUAUCGGAAGUCGAGGAUCCGCCGACACGGUGGCACUCGCACUUAGACACUCGACGCGGCUCGUGAGUGAAAGGGCCGAGAAAGAGGAGGGUACGAGUCGGGGGUGCGUGUGCUUCUAAUCAACGUCGAUCGAGUUAGAUUAGGGUCUCGAAGUGGUUGAGAGGGGCACGAUAAAAGCCAUGGGCAUCAUGGGUGCGUGGAAGCGCGGCCGGAUAAUCUAUGCUUAUCUCAUAUGGGUCGUCUUCAGGGCUACCACAGCGGGGGGACUUUAUGACGCCAUGGGUUCGCUGGAGGAGGUGGUCGUCGAGGCUGGGAAGACCGUCACGUUGGGCUGCCCGGGUGUGACGGAGGAUUCGUUGGUGUUGAUGCUCGAGUGGCGAGCGAACGGGAUGCGACUGCUCGAGUAUAAGAGCAGAAGCACCACCGUCGUCCGGCAUUUUCGAGACAGAAUGUCCAUGUCGUUGAAAAAUUAUUCGCUGCAGCUCCACCCCGUCACCGCCGCCGACAGCGGCUUGUACGAGUGUCUCGUGAACAACCGGAAUACGCCGGAAGCUGUGAUCAAGCUCAUCGUGCGAGAUGUGCCAGACCCGCCGGAACGACCGCUCGUCAUAAGCUACACGUCCAAAGCCGUGAAUAUAUCGUGGGCACCUGGUGUUAAUUCCCACAACACUCCAAUUUCACAGUACGUCAUCUACACCCGCAUCGACGAAGACGGGCCGUGGAACGCGACGAAGGAGAUCAUAACGCCGCACAACGACACGUUCUACACCGUCGACAACCUGAGGCCAUUUACGGUCUACAGCUUCCGAGUGGCGGCGAUAAAUGCUCUGGGCCGUAGCAAGUCCAGCCAGGCGUCCUACUACAUGGUGACUCUACGCGAAAUACCAGAAGGAAAACCGACCAUCACGGCGGCUCACAAUACCUCAGCGACGUCUAUUUACCUGGCGUGGAAGCCGCCGAGUCGCGACACCAUACACGGCGAGUUCCUCGGAUAUCGCAUAGGAUACCGACGACGCGAGAAAGCGGACGAAGAAAUGACAAACAUUUAUAUUCGUGAUCCUGCCGUCGACAAUCACAGUAUCCACAAUUUGGAGACCUUCACGCAGUAUCUCGUUUCCCUGCAAGUAUUCAAUCCCGAAGGCCACGGGCCGGCUUCGACCGUGACGGUGAUGACCGACGAGGGCGCGCCAACAAAGCCGGAGAAUCUCACCUCUCGUGGUAUCACGGGAACAACCAUCGAGCUCUCGUGGUCGGAACCCGAGAGUGCCAAUGGUGUCAUCGCUGGUUAUCGUGUUUACUACAUGCAUUCCAACUAUACGGACGUUAAAAUGCACAUACCCGAUAAAUCUACAGAUUCCGACGACACGAGCAUCGAAUUCGUCUUGAAGGAACUGAAACCGAAUACCGAAUACAAGAUCUGGGUGAAAGCUUACACACGGAAAAACGAGGGCGAGCCUUCGGACCAGAUUAUCCGCAAGACCGACAUAACAGGACCAAGCGCUCCUUUGAUCCUAAAUUUAACUUGCCAAUCCCACGAGUCCAUCUACGUCCACUGGGCCAGGCCGGCCCUCUUUUGGGGCUCGAUCGACUACUACUACAUCAAUUACCGGCGGAUAAAUGGGCGAUAUUACGAAGAGAUCGAGUUAUCAGCCGAGAAAAAUCACCUUGAGAGCGGGACGAUCAUUCCCAACCUGACGAUGAACACCGUGUACGAGGUUGUGGUACGAGGGGCUACCAAGAGCACAAUAAACAGUCAUCUGAUCAUUCAGGGCGAGAGCUCUAUACCCGCGAAGGUGUUGGUCACCCGUGAUUGCGACAAGAUACCCCCUUUGAUGCGUCGCAGCAGUAAAGAUCUCAGCGCUGGAGUGAUCGCCGGAAUGGUCUGCGCCUGUAUCGCCGUGAUGCUGGCGAUUACGUCCUUCGUGUUGUGGAAGCCAAUUUUCAGGAAAUGCUUCCACACCGCUUACUACUACCUGGAUUACCCACCGCGAAACGUUCCCACUCUUCAAGAAUGGGAAAACAGCGAGCAAGACGGCGAGAGGACCGCCGUGGCCGUUCAGCAGUUCGUUCAGCAUGUCGCGAGCCUCCAUGCCGACGGGGACAUCGGCUUCAGUAAGGAGUACGAGCUGAUACAGUCCGAGACCGGUGAUUACACGGUGGAGAAUUCCCAGUUCGCUGAGAAUAAGGCCAAGAACAGAUACCUGAACAUACUCGCAUACGACCAUACCCGAGUGCAAUUGUUGUCCUGCGGCGGCGGGCCUCCCAAAAAAGGUCAGGAUUACGUCAAUGCGAAUUACAUCGACGGGUGGCAAAGGGCGCGAGCUUACAUCGGUACCCAAGGCCCACUCCCUCCGACAUUCGACGGUUUCUGGCGAAUGGUCUGGGAGCAGCGCGUGUCGAUAGUCGUCAUGAUUACCAAUCUGGUCGAACGUGGUCGUAGAAAAUGUGAUAUGUAUUGGCCCAAGGAGGGAAGCGAAACUUACGGUUACAUUCAAGUAACUUUAGUGAGGGAGGACAUCAUGGCUACUUACACCAUCCGGACCCUCCAAAUCCGACACUUAAAGCAGAUCAAGAAGAAGAAAAACGGGACCAAUGUAGGCGAGCGUACUAUAUGGCAGUAUCACUAUACCGGCUGGCCCGAUCACGGCGUGCCCGAUCAUCCGUUACCCGUACUCAGCUUCAUCCGAAAAUCGUCCAACGCCAAUCCGCCCGAUGCUGGACCCAUCGUAGUCCACUGCAGCGCCGGCGUCGGGCGAACCGGCACGUACAUCGUGAUCGACGCGAUGCUGAAGCAAGCCAAAAGCAAGAACGAAAUCAACGUAUUCGGUUUCCUCAAGCACAUCCGCACCCAGAGGAAUUUCCUAGUUCAGACGGAGGAGCAGUACAUUUUUAUCCACGAUGCGUUGCAGGAGGCGAUAGAGAGCGGCGAGACCAAUAUCGAUGCUAAUAAUUUAAUGCAGCACGUCCAAGACAUGCUGUGCCCCUCGAAUAACAAGACUGACGCAUGGAACAACAUCGAAGCUCAAUACAAGCUGGUGACGUCGUGGAAGCCCAAGGACUUCAAUCUCGUAUCCGCCACCAAAGCAUGCAACGUUCACAAGAACCGCAACAUGGACAUCAUCCCCAUCGAGAACGCACGCGUUCACCUAACACCGAAGCCUGGCAUCGACGGCAGCGACUACAUAAACGCGACUUGGGUUUCAGGUUUCCAACGUAAUCGCGAAUUCAUCAUAACGCAACACCCGAUGGAGAAUACCAUAAUGGAGUUCUGGCAGAUGAUGUGGGACCAUAAUGCACAGACCAUCGUCAUGCUGACUCAAUGUGAUGAGGAGUACCCGGAGUUUUGGCCCAUCGAAGGGAAGGAUCUCGAGUCAGAGACGUUCCGUGUGCGACUCUGCGGAACAAAGGAGACCGUGAACGGGACUAUCCUGCUGGAAGUCGCGGUGCGAUCGUUGCAGGACGACUACGAGCUGAGCGCAAGGAUCGUUCAAGCGCCGUCGAAUCAAAGCGGUCUGUGGCCGCAUAACAACAAUCCGAAAACCUUCGUCAACAUUAUCCAGGACUUUCAUCGAGAUUAUCAAAACGGUCCUAUCGUCGUGAUGGACAGGUACGGCGGAGUCGAGGCGGCGCUCUUCGUUCUAUUGACCACCUUGAACAAGCAACUGGAAUUCGAGCAAAGUGCCGACAUUUACAUGUUUGCGAAGCUACUCUACAUGAAGAGACCUGGCGUUUUCCGCUCGAAGGAAGACUACAUACUGCUGUACCAGUGUCUGGAGUCCAUGCUGUCGACGAAAGGCCGCGCGGAGCCCGACCUAUACGCCAUGGCGAAUGGACACGUCGCUACGCUGAACGACCCGAAUGAGAUCAGGUCGGCUUCAUCGAUCCAACAUAUGCCGAUAGAUUAUCCAUCCAAGUCAUCCGUCAUUUGCGAGUACGCCACGGUAGAAGUCAGUUCCGAAUACCUGCCCGACUACACCAUUUCCAUACGCGUGGAUCACCCGAUCGAAUCAUCCAGCAGCCGUGGGAGCGAAACUUGCCUCUCCUCCCACGGCAGCAAUGAUCAUGUAGUGCCGGAGAAAAGCAUGGUGGUGUCACAGAGAAACAUUAGCUAUCAUAAUCAUCCACCCGGGGUGUCUGUAAUGGUCGAUGCUAACGGUUAUAUCACAAAUGGCAGCAUGCGCGUACCUACCGACAAUAUGGAGCCCAGCUGCAAGAUGAUGCCGCAAUGAUGCCGGCCUAUCUUCGGUUGCAGCGCACCCACUCGAAGGUCGGACCCGCUGUAAUCGAGCUUCCGGUCGCUGGAAGUUUAAUCUCGACCUGGUAAGUUGUCACUCCCGCUCGAACGCCCGCCUCAUCCCCGGAGAUCCGCUCCUGAAAGUAAUGACGCAAGUUAGUUGACUAAGAAACGGAUGGAACGAAAAAGAAACCAUAUAUGUCUGUUCUCCGUGCAGACUGAUCCUCGCACGUCGCGCAGGAGGUGAUAAUUCGUAUCCAGGAUGAGCUGAAGGAUCUUCGAGCGGAUUUUAGUGUACAUAGGGCUACGUGAACGUUAAACCGGGCGAAAGAGUUUUGAUAUCGAUAAGGGAACCCCAAUCCCGGCUAGCGGACAGUGCCAAACAAAAAGAGACAGAAUUGCUGAUGCACGCUGGGUGGGUGAUGUUUAUCUUUAUCCAUCGCGUAAGUUUAUGUUGUUCAUGUGCAUUGUAUAUAUAUAAAUAUUAUACAUUUCCACACGCGCACACACAUACAUACGUACAUAUAACUAUACAUACAUAUAUACAUACAUAUAUACAGAUACAUAUAUAUACUCUCACACACAUACGACACAUACGCGCUCGCGUAGGCACAUAUGCAUAUAUAUGAGUGUGUGUACAGUAUAAGUUGCGUGCACAAGAGUACGUAAAAUAUAUGUGUAUAUAUAUAUAUAUAUAUAUAUAUAUAUAUAUAUAUAUCAUGCGUAUGUACAACGUGCGUGUGUAUGCGUAUCCGUGUGUGUACGUCGAACAUCCGACAGCUCCGAGUUGCCAAAGAAUCAUUGCGAUUAGCCUAAUUCUUAGGACGAUAUACCGUGGAUGGAUGGGUGUGUACAUAUUUCACAUACGUAUACACGUGUAUCCAUUAUUCUAUUCGUGUUAGUUGAAACGCGAGGAUGCACCGUCGGGGCGAAGUUCUUCGCAUACGAAUCACGACUGUGUCGCGCGCAUCACGAGACUAAUUUUAGCGUCUGCCCUCUCUCUCGUUUCUCAUUACCCCGACGCCACAGCUUAUCGUGCUCCGUUUUACUGCCAUUAAUAGCGAAGAUAAAUAUCAGCAACUUGGCGAGCGGAUCCUUGAUCGUUGAUCCUCGAACGUUCGGAUUGCGUUCGGCUCCGGACGAGCGAUCUCACGAGCGCGUAGAUCGCUCCGCGACAAUGAACGCGCGCGCGCGCGCCUUCGAACAAAUCAAAUUAAAAGGACGUGUAAACUAUCGAUAAACGAUAUCGUACCGCUUUUAAAUUCGUUUCACGAGCGACACCCGUGAGCGAAUCGAACGCACAACUUCGUAGAAAGACUUACAUGGCUUUUGAUAACAUCUAACGCGCAACACUACACGAUAAGGUGCGAUCUCUUGAGAGGAAGGUGAGCGAGGACUUUACCGCAUGAGAGACGCGUUCCACGAAGACAAAAGCCGCGCGUGUCUCUGGCGUGUAACUAGAACGCGGAACGAAGGACGAAGCUUAUACUUUUCUCUCCCGUAUUCAUUCCUUCUUUCGUCGAGACGAAGGACGCGUGUCUGAACGCACGCAAAGCAACAAAGGAACAACUCCGCGGCGAUGACAAUCGCGAUAACUCUAAUAAUGAUAAUUUGCCGUUAAAUUAAUACGCGUAUUGUUCGAGAAGCACUCUGAAGCAUACCAAAGUAAAGCGGCGCGCUCUCUUCGGAUUCACGUCGAUCGACUUCUGUACUUUUUGCACUACUCAGACGAUGAUGCACGCCAACACUAAAAGCAUCAAUCAUCCCCUUUCAUUCUCAACGGUGUGUACAGAAACCUCCAACUGCCCAUCGCAGAACUCGAACAGCUCGCUCGCGCCACAAUCUCAUUGACAUUUGCGUGUACAAUUAACGUCCCCACGAAGUCAAUAACGUCUACAUUCGCGCACUCCAUGCAUCGUAAUUUUUCAUCUGUAUUAUAAAUUAUAUAUAUACACUUACACACACAUAUACACACAUGUGAAAGCGGACGAAAUAUUCAAAGUGGUUCAGUUUGUCUCGUUAAUUGUCAGUUGUUUUACGACCAAACGGAAGGCAUGACGAGAGGAGAUAUCGAAGAGCCGGUCGAGUUGGAUCCGGGAAUGUCCAGAAAUCGAUUUUGCCGCGCACGCUACGACCGCGUACCCGAUUCGCAAGUGUAUCCUAAAAAGAAAUAAAAACAAAACAAGAAGCGAAAAGACCGCGACACCUUGUAAGAAAAGAUGUACAUUUUGUCGUUUGGUCUAACUCAAUAAUAAUAGUACAAAUCGGACGCUACUUUGAAUACUCGUUCGGCUAUGAUCGACGAAUUAAGCGCGCAAGAAGUCAGGAGAGACCGGUUCGUUCCAACUUGCCGAAACUCCGUUGUGAUUGAGUGACGUCAUCAUUCGCGAUAUUCACGACGAAUAUUAGACGACAUUAUCGAGCAACGUCCUUUUACGUUGGAUUCCGCAACGUUGUCAUUGUACUCAGACUCAGCCAAGCGAACUUUUUAGCAUGAGUCGCGCAGACGCGCGCGUCGCAUUUUAAGACGAAAUAGGGGGAAGAAAAUAAAGUAAGAGGAAAAAUUGUACCUCGCGCGUUUCCUCGCGAAUCGCGUUCGCGUACAUUCAGCAUUUUUCUUUCGUCGCGCGCGUACGCGUAUAGAUUGAGAGAAAAAAACGCGUCCCUGUCAAUCGCGAACCCUUAGACAAGCUGCUGAAAGAGAGAGAGAGAGAGAGAGAGAGAGAGAGAGAGAGAGAGAGAGAGAGAACGAGAACCGCCUGACGAAAGGGAGAGAGCAGAAACAACGGGAAUGCACAGGAAAAGAGAAGAAAUGGGAAGAAGGACAAGGAAAAUUGAAGCGACUCCGUCGGCGCUCGCUGUGAUCAGCCACGCGAAAGGGUUGCACACGCGCUCGUUAGAGGAGAAUUGCGUCAACGUCAAUACGUGGAAUUACGAAUACGUCGCGAUAACUGACGAGACGCGUCAUGGGAGGGGAGGAGGGAGAGGAAGGGAGACCACGAGACUGAUCGGAACGAGAAUCAAAUCCCAAGCUACGUCCGUUUGCGUCGAAUCAUAGCAAUUGUGUGGUAUCGCGAUCAUGAGUGAAAUGGAAGAUUUUAUUAACAAAAGGAACAAUCAAUAUAUAUAUAUAUAUAUAUAUAUCGCUCCGUUGCUACCGGUAUGAUCGAGAGACUCGAAGUGGAGCGCGCCGAAGAACGCCCUGAAGUAGACCGGACGAAACGGAGACCGGAUGAACCGGCCUCUGAGCCGGGAAUUCACCCUAUAACCCGCAUCGAUCUAUGCACAUUCGAUUAAGCCGCGAUCGAGCCUCGAUCGAUCACCGAAUCGCGCACGACAACCGAGACAUGAACACCUAUCGAACUACCGUCGCUCAGCUUAGGAAUUACAUGUAAAGAAAAGAACGUGUCUUAAUUGCGCCGUAUCUAAGCGAAAAGAACACGGGCAAAAGGAAGCGGCAAAAUACUUGCACACACAUACACACACACACACACACACACAUAUACACAUACGCGCCAGAGGAGGGUUACACCGGCCAUGAGGGGGUGUACAUGCGUGCACGUCCGAGCGAGAAGACGACACGACGCCGUUUAACACACGUUAACACACAGAAACUCGUCGCGCUAAUAGACCGAUAUGAAGAGAGAGAGGAGAGAAGAAAACAAAAAAAAAUAUAUAUAUAUUAUAUAUAAAUAUUUAUGAUAUAUGAGUGACGAGAGAUCGGAGGGGAGUAAGAUAAACUGUGAAUGCGCGGCGGACGAGGAAUCGCGUCCCGCCUCGCGAUCGAAUUCAACGAGGCCACCGGACAGGGACGACGACGGCUAUCAUCGACGGCGACCGAUGCUCUAAUUCUGCCGAAGACUAAAAGAAUUAAAAAGAAAAAUAAGCAAAGAGACGAAAGAUGCCCAAGGGAUCUGUACAGAGCGGCCAGCGAUACCUCGUCGCGUCACGCGGAUCUGUACUGUAUUUUACGAUAUUACACGACUAUAUGUAUGUACCUACGUGGAUAACAAGCAAAAAAAAAUGCCAGAAAAAAUAGACGUCUAAUGAGGUAUGAGUGACCGCGAUUAAGGGUCAUCGGCGACGCGACCGCCCGCAUAUAAUUCGAUGAUAAAAUAGGUGGUGUGUAUAGAUAACGUAGAACUCUAGUCAACAUAAUAUUUGUAAGAUGACGCGCACACUCACACAGCCCCGUACACACACACGUGCAGGCACACGGGAUAUUACCACACGCACACACACACAUACACACAUGCAUACUCGUUUCAUUCGUUUCACACACAUACACAUACACUCCUGCACACAAAUACACGUACACAUCGCGUUAGUUCGCAUCUCUAGCAUUCUCCCGAUUCUCGUUUCAUUUUUACCUUCUUCUAUUUUUCUCUCGUCGUCCACAGCGCGCGCAAGCGCGAGCGCGAUUGAUGGAAAAAGAAUGAAAAAGAAAGAUGUGUUGACGCGUGAUUGCAUUUUCCGUCGUUCGUCCACACCGAAUGGCUGUAUAAACAGCUGUUGCUGCAGGGGAGGGCAUAAUUUUUCUUUCCUCUUUUCUCACUUUUUGUUAAUCAUAUUUCGAGGCGAGCCACGCGGGGUGGGGGUGGGGGGAGGGAGACAAACGGCUCGCCGAUAUUAAAUCGCGAAUAAUGCCGAAGCGUCGCUCGAUAAGAAGCGUGGAUUAAUCGGGCCCCCGACACGUUCGUCGGAUUUUCUGCUUUUCUUUUCUUUCCUCCCCUUUUCCCUUUUCCGUUCUUACUUCUCCCUUUUUUUUCAUCUUUCUUCUUCGCUCUCGGUAUAACGAAGAUUGCGAUUGUAACCGGCGCAUUCGCGUGGACCACACGGGGAAAAGCGAACGGCCGUUCCGAGUUGGUUUUUUAUGUGAUAAUAUAUACGUACGUAUGUGCAUAUGUGUAUUUUAUUAAGCGAACGUAAUCGCGAGCACGAAUCGCGCGAUGAACGCCGAUCGUCGGCGCAACGCCGCCGAUCGAAGUUUGUUACUUACGAAUAAGAGGAUCCGGCGAUUAAUAAGUGGAUGUGUUGUAAGAAAGAAACAAAUGCAAAAAGAAAGCGGAAGUUGUGCACGUCGAGAUACGUCGAGUCGCAACCUCUCAGUAGACUUCAAAAUAGCCCUGUAAAAAGAAAGAAAAAGAAGAAAGGAAGCAGAGAAUUGUACUCAAGCACGUUCGAUUGUCUCGUAUUUUACACACGUACGACGCCGCGGAUUCACUACACGACUUGGUCACAGAGCACGAGUAUAAGGGCGACUUACUUUCAUUCGUGCGUACGCGCUUAUACGGCCUACGGUUGACUGUAAGAAAAAGAAAAGAAAGAAAUAUGAAAACGAAGAAGAAACACACAUGUAUGUUCACACGAUGUUUCGCGUAACUAACGCUCCACGAUCGACACACACAGAUUACACACACACACACACAUACACACGCACGCACACAUAUGUCAAGCCAUCAGAGAUCAAAGAUCAACCGGCGAAACGAGAGUGCGAUUUGUAGCGAUUCGAAGAAGAAGAGGGGGUAGGGCGGGGAGGGUAGUAGAAGGAUUCAGGGGGAGUCCUACGAGACGCAACGGGUAUCACACGAAUCCGCGCCACACCCUUUAUUAAUCGACGAACACGGUGAGAGGAAUGCGCAAUUACAUACGUAAAACAGUCGAGACUGCCAGACAAGUACCUACGAACAUUCCUUCCUUUCUCUUAUCAUUUUCCUCGUUAACUCUUUCGCUACGACUGCGCGCGAGCGAGAAGCAACCUCGGGGUGAUGCGUUCCUUUCCUCUUUCCUUCCUUCCUUCCUUCCUUUCUUUUCUCUCAUCUCUACGCGCGCGCUGUUUCCGAACACGUCUCGGCGAAUCCGAACAGAUUUCAAAGUUCUUAGAGCUCAAAGGCGAAUUUGGACAUUCGAGUUCUCUCUGUAUACGUGGCGAUGCGUUCGAGGACGAAGGUAAUGAUCAAACAAAGAUCCCAGACAGCACGAAAUAUUCCAGCAAUAUUCUCAUGAUAUGCGAAUUUUCUGAUUCCAGAAUAUUCGAGUCCAGGAUAUUCUACGAAUAUACGUGAACAAUAUUCUGACGGAGGCUCGUACAUUUACAGUAGAAACGAGUUAUUCUCAGAGCACUCGUAGAGUUUGUUUACCACGCAUGUGUGCAGUGUACAUUCGCGUAACUGGAGUUUUCCAAAUGUUCCAGGUAGUAGUAUGCAUUUAUUAUAGCUUAGCGAUGUGAAACACAUAUCUACCCAAUGAAACGCCCAAAUUAUUCCUUUAUGAGCAAAGCCAAUGAUUAACCUGCGUUUUGUAAAUAUUUCACGCACAUUCACGGAACAUUUGUAGUCGUGUUGUUCGAGUGUGCUAUGGACGUACUGUGAACAUAUUUUUAGUACGUUCAGAGAAUGUAUUCGUAAAGGAAUAUUCGCGGAACAUUCGUAGAAUAAUUCUGCGCUAUCUGGGACAUUACGACGGGCUGUUCGCGUCCUCGAAAUGAUUAGUCUUCGCCACGUACGCGUCGUUUUGCACGAGAGCGAGAAGGAAACUGUAUAGGCAUAUCGUUAUCUGCGCGCGAGCCACGCAGAUAUAUGAAGAUAACACACGGAUAUAUAUCGGGCGGCCGGCCGAACGUUAUCUCGAUAAGAGCCCGGCGAGAUCACAUUUAGUAGCGAAAGAGUUAAUCUUCGAGCGUAUAGCGACCGCACUGCCUUCGAUAGAGUUUUUAACAGAUCAAUUCUAACCAUCGAUCGCGAGGAUGAGAAGAACAAAAAAAAAAGAGAGAAGAGUUCGACACGCGUCGCAAGGACGAGCCGCGUGACGCACCGAAGCAAAGCGCUUAACAAUGACAAAGAGGGAGAAUAAGGAAAGGAAAGCAAAUCAAAAAAAAAGAACUCCGUUGUUUCUCUGUUCCUAUCGCGUCACGCGAGUCGUCCUCCCGGUCGGCGCGACUCGUUAAUUAAUUAUUAUAAUAAAUCAUUAAGCGGCUAACGACACGCGCGUCGACGAGUCGUGGACUCGCGGCGCGUCGGUCUAAAAUGCGGUUCUCGUCGAUUUCCACUACUCGAACUACAGUACGCGUCUCAACGAAAGCACAGAGAGAUUUUAGAGAGAUUUAAAGAGCAGAUAAUAUAAUGAUUGCGGUAUCAGUCAUUAUGUGCGAUAGUAUUACACUCGUUUUUUUAACUGUACGCUUUAUUCGAGAAACUCUGUCCGUGCUUAAGAACAUAUACGUCUAAUAAAUAGUUUGCGAGAAAUUUGCAACUGGUCGAAAUCAGUCGAGUUUUACUCACCAGCGAGCCACCAAUCGAGGCUUUCACGUCUACCAUCCUGUUGUUGUACAGUCGAUCGCCGCUUUCCCAAAGAGGUAGAAAGAGAAAGAGAGACGGCGCGCAACGACGACCCGAUAACCAAGCGUCUCGAUCUCUGCUGCGCCGUACACACUGUUAAGCGUCACCGUCGUCGCCAAGAGCCUCUCGACAAUCAUCCGAUUUCGUGGUCGUCGCAUCUUUCCCCUUAAGACUCCCAUUUCCUCGCCGCCAAACUCUGAUUGACGUCAGAAGCGAGAAAACGCGCGCUCAAAAUUAUUUCUCUUGAGAUAAAAUGAUAUGUUUAUAACAUAAUAUUCGCCAUCGAUCGAGCAGAUUCGUAAAAUAGUCCGAGCACUUCCCCUUUACUCUGACGAUCGAUAAAUAGCUGUAAAAUUAACGUGACAGAAUCAUAGAAAAUGUUAGGUUAAAGAGGAAAGUUGCAUGUCACGUUAAUUUUAGUUAUUUAUUAGUCGUUUGAUCGAAAGUAUCUGGAUUAUUUCAGAAGUUUGUUUGAUCUAUUGCAAUGUGUCAUUUUAUGGAUACAUCUUUUAUUUCAACGUAUUUUGCGAGAAUUUUUGUAUUUUUUUCGCUUCUGACGUUGUUAGUCAAGAUGGCCACGGCAUCAACGGGAAUUGAUGUGUCUUUCUACGCGAGAGCCGCGUUACACGCUGCUACAUGGUGCACGGUGAUACAUCGCGCACGAUACAUCGAAGUAUCGUCGUUCGAAGUGGAUAUUUUCGCGUCUUGCACAAGGAAAUGUAAUAAUUUUAAAACAAGGAUUCUCCUGCCCGCAAUAAUAAUUGAUGAUCCACUUGUACUACCACAAAGCAAUCGUGAGUUCUUUUCUACGUACACGUACGAUAGUACGAAACGCGCGAAGACUAUUGUCACGACGAGAAUGCGUCUUUUUUAUUGUCAACGUAGUCGUCUCACAUAGCUGGGAGUAGCUAGUAUCGCUCUCCCAAAAUAAUGAUUGUUGCGAUCGAUGGCCAUGACUAUAUGUAGCAAUACACUUCUUACUUGAA